AUGCUACCUACUUUCAGUACCGGAACUAUAAGCCUGAACACGUUAUGCCCUGGCCAUCCCGGCCAUUUUGUUGCUUCUGGUUGCGCGACCGUGGACGCGGACGCAGCCUCGUACUCCGGCGCUUCUCCUCCAGUUUCAAUCCCCUGCUUUGCCUCCGGUAGGUGGGAAGAGGAUGAGAAGAAUCGAAAGAAAACCGACGAACUAUGGUGUGGGUGGAUCUAG